AUGUCGAGCUCCAUCAACCAAGGGUCCAGCCACAAAAAGAGAACCAUCCAGCAACUCCCCAUUGCGGCGCGAAACGGGCACAACGCCGUCUUGAACGCCGAGUACCUGACGGACAUUACCGAUGCACUAGGCACAUGGAGCUGCCAGCGCGUGGUCGUGGUGCACUCCAAGACGCUGGAUGAGAAGACAAGAGUGAUUGCGAAGCUGAAGGAGAAGCUGGGCUCGUUUAUUGUAGCCAUCAAGAGCGGCGUGGGCGCACACUCGCCGUACAGCGAUGUCCUCGAGAUAACGCGGCUGCUCCACGAGCACAAGGCAGACUGCCUCGUUAGCAUCGGCAGCAGCAGCUACUCGGACGCGAGCAAAAUCGCGCGCUUGAUGCAUGCGAAUCUGGCCCCGGAUAACCUCACGGUCGACGCAAUGGAGGCCUUGGUUGACCAGGAAAAGGGAAGAGCAGAUGGCCUCAAAGACCCCAGCAUCAGGCUGAUUGUCGUGCCAACCAGUCUCUCCGCCAGCGAGUGGAACAGCAAUUCCUCGGCGACCAAUCCGCACACGCACAAGAAGCAGCAUUUUGCCAGUGAGCACGCGGCGCCCGAUGUAAUUCUGCUGGACCCAGAGGUGGCUGUGACGUCGCCGCGCAAACUCUGGCUGGCAAGCGGCAUGCGCGCAGUCGAUCAUUGCGUAGAAACCAUGGUCAGCGACAAGUGCACGGCAGAUGUGUUCCGCCACAUGGAAGAGGCGCUCGGCGUGCUGCUGAAAGGGCUGCGCGAGUACAAGGACAGCGAAAACGACGAGGAGCGCUCUGAGUUGCUCGGCGGAAUAGCCCUGUGCCAGUUGGGGGCGAGAGAUGCCAUGAAGGGCUUGCUGCUAUGGAACGUCCCUAUGGGCCUGUCGCAUGCGAUAGGCCACCAGCUGGGCAGCAUAUGCGGCGUCCUGCAUGGCGUCACGUCGUGCAUCAUGCUUGCUCCUGUGCUGCGGUAUACGGCUACCAAGUCGGAAAAGCAAAACGAGGCCCAGCGGCGGGUGCUGGCGGUUUGGGAGAGAGUGCUUGGCUACGACGAGGCUAGUCUGGCGGAUGCCGUAACCAGGUUCGUCCAGUACCUGGGUCUGCCGAGCACGCUGAAAGAAGCCGGCGUGGAAAAGCAAGAGGACAUGGACAAGGUGGCGGAAAGUACCUUGACGGAUGCGUUUGGGGCCAUGCAGGGCAUGGGCGCGAAGGAAGAUGUGGCUGCCAUCUUGGAGUGUGCAAGGGGCGGAGAGACGCAGGAACCGUGGCUUGAUGGCGGGGCGCCAACGUAG